AAGCAUCCCCCCUGACCAGGGGCUGUGCCUCGUUCAUGCGUCAGCGUGCUCCCAUGGAGAUGACCCGCGUCAGUGGUGAUUCCUCAGCGGCGAGCAAUCCGAGCCCUUUGCUGCACAGGGAGGAGAAGCCGGAAGAGGGAGAAGCCACUCCGGACCAAGGAGGCACCACGAUAUGGAUCUCAUUCACGGCUUCAGUGUGCUAUGCGCUUUGCUACUUUUGGCGCUACCCCAUCUUCAUGCUCCCGCCUGAAAUUCUGAAGGCAAAGACGCUGCAUGUGCUGGGGCGGGACCUCUCCUUGCAAGAAUGCAUUAGCAUGGCCUUUGUCUUGGGAUUUGGUGCUGCGAAAUUGCCUGCCAUGCGUUUGCAGACCAGCAACUUCUUCUUCCGGUAUCGCCUGGGGAUUCUGCUCAUGAUGCUUUUCCUCUCGAUGGCUUUGGCAGCUCUGGCCGGACUCCUGCCAAUUCCCAUCCUGCAAGUCCUUUGCAUUUUUGGCUCUUCCUUUGUCUCCAGCUUCCUUUAUGGUGGGAUCGUCACCUACCUCGAGGGCCGUCGCAGCACUGAGAUCUUGUUGGCCUCCAUCAGCGCCUCCUUAGUCUUCGCGGGCACCGUCAGCCGCGCGUGCGCCGCGGAGCUCUUGCACUGGGGCGUCCCGCCACGGUUGAUGCCACUCCUCUUGGGUUCAGUCUCCUUCCUCCUGGCGGCCUUCCUGCUCGUGGAAACCGCCCGCGUGCCGCCCCCGAGCCGCGCCGAUGUGGCCGCGCGCUCGGCACGCACCGCGAUGCCACCCAGCAAGCAGUGGGAGUUUGUGCGGGAGAACCUCCUGGGCGUAGUGGCCACGAUUGGCAUUUGGGCCUGCAUGGCUGGUUUGCGGUCCUUCCGGGACUUCUACACUCAGCAGAUCUUCGCAGCUGCGUUAAAGGACGACUCGCCCAGUUCGAAGGUCUACGUCUUGGCCGACGUGCCGGGCGCUAUUUUGUCCUUCAUUUCAUUGGUCAUGAUGUCUUGGGUCAGCAACAACCAGCGGGCUCUGUUCCUCAUGCUCCUCACCAAUGUCUCUGGACUCUUCCUGAUGGCUGCAUGCACCUACCUCUUCCGCCACCAUGAGCUGCCGGGCAUGGCUUGGAUCCUGAUCUACUCGGCCGCCUUCUACGCCGCGUACAGCGUGCUGAACGCCCCGUUGAACGAGCGCAUCUUCGCGGUGACGCGCGCCGAAGGCACCUGCUCCUUCCUCAUCUACGCCUCCGAUUUCUUCGGCUUCUCGGCGAGAAGAACCGUCAGCGUCAGCCACCGGAAGAACCCUCCGCGCCGGGCGCGGAAUUGAGGCGCGAAAGGCCAAAGACCGGGUCAGUGAGUCACUGGAUGGAGAAGUCAAAGACCUGGCACCUGAUUUGGACGUUGCAUGGUGUUGUUUUCUUGAAUUUCAGCAUGUGGAGGCUUCUGGGGCCCACAAAGGGUCGAUGUUGUUUGCUUGGAUGUGAAGAUGGUAUCCCUGCAAACAGACUAAUGAUUGUGGAGGACAUGAACUGAGACCAUUCUCCACCAAAGCACGGCUAUUUGACAAACAGUCUCCCUGGUUGGUCCCCAACAAAAUGUCCAAUGGACACCCAUCAGUGGUGUGGGAAGUGCAUUGGGAACCUGUUAGAUGGUCCUUGAUAUGACAUGGCUUCAUGUUUUGAGGAAGCACACCAGCUGGUGGAUGAAGGGAAUGCCCAUGGCAGUAUGAUGAUUGAUGGAUACUGCACCAUUAAGGGGGGUCACAAUGUGGAUCAACUACUUGUGGGUAUUGGAUUGAUGAGUCAUGAGUCAUGAGAGUUGCUGCCUCCCAAAAAACUACUCUGUGGUGAAUGUAUGAGGAUGUUUUCGAACCGUGAAACUGUGAGAACAACCAUCCGCCACUCACGAAUGAUCAGGGGGGGUUGUGUAGAAACCGGCGCCGGGGAAAGAAACUGUGGCGCAAGAUGGCAUGAAUCUCAACAUGUUUCAGACAUCCACCACUGUGUUCAACCUCUUUGGCUUUGCCGCUGUGGCUUCAGGCUACGUGGUGACCAUUGGCCUCCUGAUGUAUCAAAGUCUUUGAAUUUGCAUUAGAAUGCUUUGAGUGCUUUUGAGUGGCCUCCCCUCCCAGUCAUAAGAGCUAGGCCGGAAAGAGAGACUUAUUAUACCUAGACACGGGAUGUAUGCCUUAUUUGGUCUACAUUGGGUUGGUUUUUGGGGGUCAAUAUAUUCCAUACAUGGAGUGUUUGGGUUCAUUGAUGAUAUAUUGAUGAUACAUAAUAAAUUAUAUACAGCACAUUGUUUGUUCCCUUUCACCUUCGCCUCAAGGAAAAAUGCUGUAGGUUCUAUGCUUUUUGUAGGUUCCCCGCUGCGAUUUCUAUGGGAUUCUGGGUGGCAAAGGGCCGAAGGAUCGAUAGGAAACGAUCGCUGUUGGUAGGUCCCCUUCAAGUUCUAUUCGAUCUAAACAAAUCAAUAGCUAAGCUCACAGGAAAAUCUUGAGGUGAAGAUGAUCGCUUCAUCACUUCCCUCUCAAAGUUGAACACUAUUAUAUACCUAGCGCUUCCAAGGGGUGCCCUGUCUGGAGACCUGUAAGUAGUGUGGAGAUAUCCAUUGGUG